UCCGCACGAGCUGCUGCGGCUUGGGGUCCUACGAACAGAGCCAGGGCCGGGAGCCGCCCGGGGCAGGGCUCGGGAGAGCGGCCCCACCAUGAGGCCCCAGCCCCUCUGGAGCUCGCGCGCCCCCCUGGCCCCGGGUGCACCGUGCUAGCCCCACCAGGGUGUGGGGACGCGCGGCGGCCAUGGCCAGCCACGUGGACCUGCUGACCGAGCUGCAGCUGCUGGAGAAGGUGCCCACGUUGGAGCGGUUGCGCGCCGCCCAGAAGCGCCGGGCCCAGCAGCUGAAGAAGUGGGCGCAGUACGAGCAGGACCUGCAGCACCCCAAGCGCAAGCAUGAGCGGAAGCGCAGCGCGGGUGGCCGCCGUAAGAAGGUGUCCUUCGAGGCCAGCGUGGCCCUGCUGGAGGCGUCGCUGCGCAACGACACCGAGGAAGUGCGCUACUUCCUGAAGAAUAAGGUCAGUCCUGAUUUGUGCAACGAGGAUGGACUCACAGCCCUGCACCAGUGUUGCAUUGACAACUUUGAGGAAAUCGUCAAGCUGCUUCUCUCCCACGGUGCAAAUGUGAACGCCAAGGACAAUGAGCUGUGGACGCCCCUGCAUGCUGCAGCCACCUGUGGCCACAUCAACCUGGUGAAGAUCCUCGUUCAGUAUGGGGCUGACUUGCUUGCUGUCAACUCUGAUGGGAACAUGCCAUAUGACCUCUGCGAGGAUGAACCCACCCUGGAUGUCAUCGAGACCUGCAUGGCGUACCAGGGCAUCACCCAAGAGAAAAUCAACGAGAUGCGGGCUGCUCCCGAGCAGCAGAUGAUCACAGACAUCCACUGUAUGAUUGCAGCGGGCCAGGAUCUUGACUGGAUAGAUGCGCAGGGUGCCACACUGCUGCACAUAGCUGGAGCCAAUGGAUACCUGCGGGCAGCUGAGCUCCUCCUGGACCAUGGAGUGCGUGUGGAUGUGAAGGACUGGGAUGGCUGGGAGCCCCUGCACGCUGCUGCCUUCUGGGGACAGAUGCAGAUGGCAGAGUUGCUGGUGUCCCAUGGAGCUAGUCUCAGUGCUAGGACAUCCAUGGAUGAGAUGCCAAUAGACCUGUGUGAGGAGGAGGAGUUCAAGGUCCUGCUGCUGGAGCUCAAACACAAGCAUGAUGUGAUCAUGAAGUCACAGCUGAGGCACAAGUCAUCCCUGAGCCGGAGGACAUCCAGUGCAGGCAGCCGUGGGAAGGUGGUACGUCGAGCCAGCCUAUCGGACAGGACCAACCUGUACCGGAAGGAGUAUGAGGGAGAGGCCAUACUGUGGCAGCAGCGGAGUUCAACUGAGGACCAGCGCACUGCGACCUACAAUGGGGACAUCAGGGAAACCAGGACAGACCAAGAGAAUAAGGACCCAAACCCCAGGCUGGAGAAGCCCGUGCUGCUCUCAGAGUUUUCUACCAAGAUCUCACGGGGUGAACUGGAUGGGCCCAUUGAGAAUGGCCUCCGGGCUCCGGUCAGCGCCUACCAGUAUGCACUGUCCAACGGGGAUGUCUGGAAGGUGCACGAGGUGCCUGACUACAGCAUGGCCUACAGCAGCCCUGGCAUGGCUGAGACCACCCAGCCCUGGAGCGGCUUCAAGGAGCAGAGCCCCCAAACGCUGCUGGAGCUGAAGCGGCAGCGGGCUGCAGCCAAGCUGCUCAGCCACCCCUUUCUGAGCACUCACCUGGGCAGCAGCAUGGCCAGGUCAGGGGAGAGCAGCAGUGAAGGCAAGGCACCCUUGAUUGGAGGCAGAACUUCACCCUACAGCAGCAAUGGGACCUCGGUGUAUUACACGGUCACCAGUGGGGAUCCCCCACUCUUAAAGUUCAAGGCCCCCAUAGAGGAGAUGGAGGAGAAAGUCCAUGGCUGCUGCCGCAUCUCCUAGUCUCCUCAUAUGGAGGAGAAAGAUGCCUCGGGAAGGGGUCCCUGGAAUCCAGGCCAGCCCAAUAGCCCUGGCUGGGGAGGCAUCAGAGGGAAGCUGGGAAGAGGUGGGCUCUCCUUUCCAGAGGAAUGCUGACCCCACCUCCUGCCCAGCUGUCCAUAGCAGCCCCAUCCCCUUGGUUCUGCUUCCUGCUGCAUUGUCUGCCAUUGGAAACCUAGUGGCCCUCUCUCAUUCCGCUGACCGAUUGGGGGAGGGCAGGCUUAGGAUUCCAGUUCUGUUUUGGUAAAGGCUUCUUGGGACCAGUACUUCCAUGUCACACACACACACACACACACACACACACACAGAGUCAUUGCACACAUGUAGGGAUGACACAUACUGGGCUUGUGGGAAGCAGGUAGGAUGAAAAUGUGUGGGCUGUUCCCAAAGGGAUUGAGGUGAACAAAUCUCAGGGCCACUGCCAUGUGGCUUAAACAAGGAGGGCCCCUGCUCAGUUGAGACCCACAGUCCUGCUUAGAGUCACACCAGAGCCUGGGCCACCAUCCACAUCUGGCAGGGACAGGAGGUCCUCUCUGUGUUUGAAGGAGCCAGAAAUCCCUGUGAGUUAGAUUCGACAUGCACAGGCCUAGCCUUGCAGCUUUGCUGACAGCUGCCUUCCUGCCCCAGGAUCUGUGUAAAACCACCCAGGGGGCAGAAAAUACAGAGGUAGGGGAGGGCUGCAGCAAAGUCAGUGUUUCCCAAACUUCUUUUGAUAAAACCAUUCUUUUAGGUUGCAGACUCCAGGUGGGAGGAAACUAAGUUUGCCUUCUCCCCUAAUGGUAUCACAUCAGGUUCUACUGGGUGGUGUUGGAAAAAUGAAACUCAGGGAGGAGCUUCUGCUGGAGGCUUUUUCAGGGAGAAGAGGAAGUUCACAUCCGAGUACAUCACUGGUUAGCAGUGUCACCGCCCAGUGCCCUGGCCAGUCUUUGCAAUAUGCAGGCUAUUUCGGUCCAGUGCAUCUCAGCCACCCCUCCUUAGACUGCCAUCUUAGUGAGUAGUUGGGGCCACCUGCGCCCCACCUCUCCCACCUCCUGCAUCUCUUGUCGGUCAUGUGUGCAGAGUGAAUGCUCAGAAUCCUAGCCCAGCUUUGCCUUUUCUGGAAUAUUUGUGGAGACAAGCUUGCCAGUUGGCCCUCAUGAGUUCCUGCCUGGCCCCAGGGCUCCCAGCCUGGUGUUUUGAUGCCCCAAGGCUGCAGAUUCAAAGUGCCCAUGGCCAGCACCCUAUACUGUGUCAAGGAGAGCAAUGGUAGGGCUGAAGAUGGGUCUCACCCCAGCCCUUCAGUUCUGUAGCCCCAGUCUCCUUGAUGCUGGAGAGGGCAGAUUCCUGCCACCUCACUGUUUUAUUUUUUCAUGAGCUCCUUUGAAAUUGUUCAUGCAGUGGGCGCUGUCCACAGGCUCAGCCAAAAUCUUUUAGCUGCAGGUUUGUUCCCUGCUCUGUGCGCCUUUAAUUUGUUCUAAAACUACCUCCUUAGAGUUCUGAAGGGCCUUUUAGGUCCAGAUUCUGAGGUGGGGAACAGAUCUGGGUGCCCGUUAACCUGCAUCUUUCUGAGCCUAUGAAAAAUUCUCCCUGAAUGGCACCUGGACUAGGGCGAGCUGGGGCUGGAGGAGUCCCACUUGUGCCACAGCCCUAGAGGGUCUGCCGUUUGUCAGCCUCAGUCCCCUACUGUGGCCUUCUAUGUCUCCCAUAUUCCAGAGGAAGCAGAACCUCAAGAGGCCUGGCUGAUGCUUUGCCAGGAGUAGGGCUAGGCCAGAGAAUACCAGUGGCGGCUGCUGGGCUCACAGAGGGUCUCCCAGCACCAGGCCACACCCACCCUAACUCCAGGGUAGCUACAGUAGAGAGGCAGCUCAGGAGACUGAAGACAGGUGUACAUAGCACCUGUGGCAUCCCUGGGGCCUGGGGUGGGUGCUCCAUCAUCUCAGCCUAUGGCUGAAACAGUAGAUGCUCUAAAACACAUAGGAUUGGCUUUAAAAGUCUUCAGCCCUGACUGGUGCUGAAAUGCCUCAGCAGCUGACUUCAUCUACAAGGUGGGAAGCGCUGAGGGCAGCCACAUGCUCUCAAGAAACAGUGGUGCAGGGUCUCUCUAGUCCUUUUGCUCAGGGACCAGAAAUAAGGCAGGCCUCCAGACCACUCCUUCUUUCCCCUUCUUUCUGCCUCCUGGGCCUUUACUCCCCACCCAUAAAGCUGAGAAUCCCAGCUGACACCUCCACCCCAGGAAAUGGCCUCAGAGGUGACUCCCAGGAUUUUUAGCUUGUGAUUUCCAUCAGGGAUAAGUGUUCCCUGGUAGGGUUUCAGGUCCCGGGGGAGUCUUCCCCGUGGGUCUCCUGAGUAUUGAGGGGCAAGUUGGGGAACCUCCAAUGAAUGAGCCAGAGUCAUCUAUUUAUUCACUCAUAACUUACUGAGUAACUGCGACAUACCAAGUGCUAUAUUAGGUUCUAUAGAUGAAGGAGAAAUAGGACACAGUGAGGACUGGUCUUUCUAGUUUUUAUUCCUUGAGGACCAUGGGCAUCAGCAGUCCAGCCUAGUUCACCUGAGCAGAGCACUAUUUCAGUUCUUGUAAUCCUUAGAGUGUGAAUCCCUUUGUUUGGGAAACAGCUUCAUGACCACCCAUGGAUAACAUUUGCCAUGAAAUGCAGAUGUUGGAUCUUGGGCUCCAGGCAGACACCAUCCCAGGUCCAUCUGGAACCUUUAAGGAUAGCUGCCCUCAGGCCAGUUAUCUCUGGGGGAUAUUAUAAUAGCAAUCUGAGGUCAGUGCAUAGAAGAAUAAGGAGUCUGCCAUUUGCUGCCAAGUGCAUCUCUAGUUCUUAAAGUUGUUGUCUUUGCUCAUUUUUGGUCAUUUAUCACAUAGUCCUCCCCCCUCGCCCCAUGCACAUCAGGGGAUACUAGGGGAGAAAGCAGCUGCUCCUUUUAACAUUAAGCCUUUCCCCAUGAGCUAGCCUCUCUCCUUGGUAGGUGUGGAUUAAGAAGUUGGGAGAAGCCUGGAAAGGUCAAUCAGAUGCCCAGCUCUUGCCGAGCCCUAGCCUGGUGGUAAUUCCUGACAGACUGAUGGAGGUCACUUCCAAAGCAGGGGCCAUAACGCUCAGUAUAAGAUCUGGCCCUUGCUCCCACCUUAUGCCUCAAAUAAUUGAAAAUUGGUGGCUAUCAUGAGAUUGUGAGUUUCUGGCCAGUAGCUCAGGGAAUCUGAAUGAACCCUAGGCCCAGGUCAACUGAAAACUUUAGAAUAUAACUCUCCAUCAGAUAUGCAGCAUUCAUAAAACUACUUUGCACUGUUUGAUCAAUUUCAAUUGAUCUAUUUCCAAGAGGCUUCAAAAAGUUAAUCAGGGUGUGGCCCCUGUCUUGGUCCACCAGUUUGCUGGCUUUGUAGUAAUAUGAGACUCUUAGUUCUUGAUGUCAGGCAUUGAUCCUGGGCUCUCUCCCAGCUGCUUUCCCAGAGCAGGACACAGUGAUACUUUCCAAAAAGGGGCUCCUUAUAAGAUGCCCAGAAGGACGGUAUGUAACCCUUGUUAUUUGUAGGCUGGGACAGCUUCCCCUCCCCCAGCACACAGAAGAGCAAAGGGUCACAUAGUCAGUAGGCAGCUCCACAGAAGUGAUUCCCUUUGCCAGAACCUAUAGCUCUCUCCUCCCCAGGAGUCUCUAUGGCCAGAGGGUUUCUUACCAUAGGCAUUGCAAGUGCCACCAUGCGGGGCCUGGCUCUGCACACCUAGGAAAGUCUGCAGACCCCCAGUCCCCCCGCAAUAAUUCACCAGACCAGAAGCCACUGAUGUACAGAGAACACUUAAGAAAAAUGUAUUUUAUGUGAAAAAAAAGUUAAACUCUGUAUACUGUAUCAGCAGCUUUGUGUAAAAAUGGCAAUCAAGAGAGUCUAAUAUAUUUAAAACUUUUUUUUAAAAAUCCUCAUGGAUCUUUGAUAUUGUAUUGAAGUAACUUCCAGGUAGCUCCUUGCCAUGCGGCAGUGGUGGGCCUCAUGUCCAAGAUAGGCUUUGGCCACAUCCCAAAGGGGCACAUGCCCCUGAAGUUGCUUCCAGCUGCCAAGGCCUGUGAUGGAAUUCGCUGUUAAGAGUUUUUAAUUAAAAUUAUUAAAUUCCUUUUAAUAACA